CUUUUCUUUUUUGUAUCGAAAAUAUUAAUUUGUUUUAAUUAUGUUGCAGAUGGCCAGGUUGUUACCUUUAGUCAAGUUGUUCUGGAAGUUAUGAGGCAUCUUGAAGGAGCCUAUGCCCUUAUUUUCAAAAGUUCGCAUUACCCUAAUGAAUUGAUUGCGUGCAAGCGUGGUAGCCCACUGCUCCUAGGUGUUAAAGAAAUGACAGAAAAUAAGGAGAAUGGUUCUGCAUUUGAUGACAACAAAACCCUAUCAAAAGAUGGAGGCCCCAAGGAAUUGUUUUUGUCUAGUGACGCCAAUGCUGUGAUUGAGCAUACAAAAAAAGUGCUAGUUAUUGAAGAUGGUGAAGUAGUUCAUCUCAAGGAAGGGGGGGUUUAUAUUUUGAAGUUUGAAAAUGACAAGGGAGAACGUGUUGCUUCUCCUACAAAAAUUGCUUGAACAUUAUAUGCAGAAGGAAAUUAAUGAGCAACCAGAAUCUCUAACAACCACUAUGAGGGGGAGGCUUAUACUUAGAGGAUCUAGCAAAUCCAAGUCUGUUUUGCUGGGUGGACUAAAGGAUCACCUCAAAACAAUUAGGCGGAGUAGAAGGAUACUUUUCAUUGGUUGUGGUACAAGUUAUAAUGCUGCUUUGGCAGCAAGGCCUAUCUUAGAAGAACUUACUGGUAUUCCUGUCACUAUGGAGAUUGCUAGUGAUCUACUGGAUCGGCAGGGCCCAAUAUACAGAGAAGAUACAGCUGUUUUUGUUAGUCAGUCCGGUGAAACUCAUGACACACUAGUUGCACUGCAAUAUGCUUUAGACAAUGGUGCAUUAUGUGUUGGAAUAACAAACACUGUGGGUAGUGCAAUUGCAAGGAAUACUCAUUGCGGUGUUCAUAUAAAUGCUGGUGCUGAGAUAGGUGUAGCAAGUACCAAGGCAUACACAAGUCAAAUAGUGGUGAUGGCCAUGUUAGCUCUUGCAAUAGGAGGUGAUACACUCUCCAAUCAAGCUAGAAGAGAAGCCAUAAUAGAUGGUCUAUUUGACUUGCCAAAUAAAGUCAGAGAGGUGCUGAAGCUUGAUCAGGAAAUGAAAGAUCUCGCAAAGCUAUUGAGUGCUGAGCAGUCACUUCUUGUCUUUGGGAGAGGAUACAAUUACGCAACUGCUCUGGAGGGAGCUUUGAAAGUAAAGGAAGUGGCACUUAUGCACAGUGAGGGGAUACUUGCUGGUGAAAUGAAGCAUGGUCCUUUAGCAUUAGUGGAUGAAACUCUCCCAAUUGUUGUUAUAGCCACGCGCGAUGCUUGCUUCAGCAAGCAGCAGUCUGUUAUUCAGCAACUUAUUGCCCGCAGAGGCCGCCUGGUAGUUAUGUGUUCAAAAGGGGAUGCUUCUUCUGUAAGCCCUAGUGAAACUGUUAGGGUAAUUGAAGUUCCACAAGUUGAGGACUGUCUUCAACCUGUUAUUAAUGUAGUUCCCUUACAGUUACUGGCAUAUCAUCUCACUGUACUGAGGGGAUUCAAUGUUGACCAGCCACGUAAUCUUGCCAAGAGUGUCACUACACAGUAGACUCAUGGAUUCCACUUCCUUCCUUGGAUUCUGACAAAAAUUGAAAUAGAGGCCCUCUUUAUUGUUCUUUUGUGUGAUGAUUUCUGAUGAUGAAUAGACCUUUUUUGAGUUUGACAUUUUUUGAGGGUACUAUACAUACUAAAGCAUUGUAAAUUACUGAUAGAUGUAGGCGGAUUGUUCCAUCAAUAGAGCCAGCUUUUCAUGAGGACGAGAGCAGAACAUGAACCAUUUACUCUGAGGUAUUUGAAGAAUUUAUUCAGUAUGGUUAUUAUAACUUUGAUGUACUAUUAUAUACCAAAAUCUGGGAAUGGAAACCUUCUCUGUUGCAUAGGCUUGGUUAUGUAGAAAAGAAAAUAUCGGGUUCUGUAGUCAGAGGUGUUUACACGUUUGUUCUAGCAUCUUUCUUUCUAUCUAUCUAUUUUUAUUAUAUAAAAAUUGAUACAAAUUUAUUAAUUAUUAUAAAAUGAGCUUAUGACAUAUUGGUUUA